AUGGUGUGUGCACCUUGUGACAGUUGCUAUCCUCAAGAUCAACCCUUCUUUGAUCCCACGAAAUCUUCUACUUAUGUGGAGCUUCCUUGUGACUCUAGCCCUUGUCAAGCCCUACCAAGAUAUACAAACGGCAAUACAAGUGGUGAAUGCAAAUACCACUACAGUUAUGCGGAUAACUCAUAUACUGCUGGGGUCCUGUUCUCAAACACCUUCACAUUUGGUUCUACCGAGGGCCAGGUAUUCGCAUUUCCAAAUUCUUUAUUUGGAUGCGGUCACGAUAAUAGUGGAACAUUCAAUAUCCUUGGCUAUGGGCUUGUUGGUCUUGGGGGCGGAUCCCUGUCACUGAUCUCACAGUUGGGUGCUGAAAUUGAGUAUGAGUUCUCGUAUUGUUUGCUUCCAUGGAUAGUAAACACCUCCAGCGUAUUGCGAUUUGGCCCAGAUGCUAUUAUAUCUGGUCGAGAAGUUGUUUCAACACCAUUAGUAUCGACGGGUGGUUCGGAUUCAGAUACCUUCUACUAUCUCACGCUUGACGCUGUAAGCGUGGGGAGCAUGAAAAUACCAAGCAAUCAAAUAGAAGGCAAUAUCAUAAUUGAUUCAGGAUCAACAUUGACUAUGUUGAACUCUGACUUUUACGAUGAGAUCGAAGUUGCUGUGACAGAAUCCAUUAGUCUAGAUCCAGUUCAAGAUCCACCAGACAACUACAGAUUGUGUUACAAUUCAGAUUCGUUCAGUACAAUUCUCAUUCCGAGAAAUUUUUCUAUGGGUAUUACACAUCACCUGGCUUUGCCCAUGUGGUGUGAAGGACGAAAAGUUAACAGACUAAACUCCAAAAAAAAAAAAAAAAAAAAAAAGGCCUGUCCUUUUUUCUCUUUUCAAAUUUUAAAAACUCUAAAAUUCAAAACUCAACUCUCCAUUUCCAUUUCUUUCCCUCUGUAA